GUUGUGUGCGGGCGCCGGGACGGACCUCUGUCUCCAAAGCUACCCAUUCCCCGGCCCGCCAGGCGUGCUGUUCGCCUGGGAAGCUCCUCCCUGCGCGCGCCAGCUUCUGAGUCCUCGACCGGCUGCGGAGGAGGUGCAGCCUUGGGGGUCAUAGACUUGGGCUUUGGGGCCUGGAAGGGGAAGCUCUGGCCGGAGGCGAAGGCGGAGUUGGAGCCCUAGGCUGCAGCUGUUUCGGACCCGAGGAGCUGGUGCUGCGCCAGGUCCGGGGCGGGGCUGGGCGCGAGCAUCUCCAGCCUCAGUUUUCUGGACUUGCUGCAGCUCUGGCUGGUGCAGCCGCAACGCGGCGGAGCCGGGACCUUGGGCGACGGGUGAAGACGCCCUUACUCCUGAAGGAUGGUUCCCACAUUCUCUUAGAGAUGAAGACUCAGUGCUCUGGUAGGCCUCCCCCUCCCCACUAUGGUUAAUUAUCGUUUGGAACAUCAUGGUGUGUUGGAAGCUGGCGGGACUCCCAGACCCUGUGUAAUCUCCAUGAAAGCAUGGGUUCCUGUUUUGGGAGAAGGGCCAGGGAAGGCCUAGAAAGAAUGGUAUAAAAAAGAAAAGUCAACUUGUGCUUCAGUUGUGGCAAGAGAAAAAUGAGGGUCGCUAUCACGAUUGCCUGGGUUCAGGAUUUCAUACUGGAAGCAAAGUUAGAUGUAAACUCCAAUGUCUUUAGUUUGAAUGAACAUUUCUUCUUGGAACUAGAAAUGUCCAGAAAGGAGUUCUUUGAAGAAAAAUGUGCUUCUUAAAUCAACUCCAGUCUCUCUUAACAAAGAAACUCUUCCGGCUACUGGCAGGAAAGAAGCAGAUUAAACUGAAAGCUUAUCUGCAGUUCAGAAAAACAAAGACAUGGAGUUUUGAAGAAUGAAGGUAGCAUUGUGUCGGCCAUGGGUGAUCAAGACACAGCUAGACAAUGUGGACCAGUUUCUUCAAACUGCGGAUUUUCUGCUGUCUGCUUACAGUGUUGAUGGUGGUGGUGCUGGUCAUUAAUGUUACUCAGGUGGAGUAUUUGGACCAUGAGACUGUUUCGGCCAUAUUCAUUGAUAGCAGUGGACAGUUUGUUUCCUCCCAGGUGACGGGAGUUAGCCGGAAUCCCUACUGUGGCUAUGAGCACCAGAAGCUGUCCAGCCAGGAGCGGGUGGAGGAGAACUCCUUGCUGGCUGUCAUGCAGAGCCAGAUGCCUGAUGUGGGUCCAGUCCCCUUUGUAAAGAGCACCGACCCUUCUUCCAGCUACUUUGUCAUCUUGAACUCUGCAGCCUUCUUCAAGGUGGGAAGCCAGCUGGAGGUGCUGGUUCAUGUACAAGAUUUUCAAAGAAAGCCCAAGAAGUAUGGUGGAGACUACCUGCAGGCCAGAAUCCACUCUCCCAAGCUGCAGGCAGGGGCUGUGGGUAGAGUGGUAGACUACCAGAAUGGGUUUUACAAGGUCUUUUUUACUUUGCUCUGGCCAGGCAAAGUUAAAGUAUCUAUAUCUCUGGUCCACCCCAGUGAAGGGGUCAGAGUUCUUCAGCACCUACAGGAGGAGAAACCAGACAGAGUCUAUUUCAAGAGUCUCUUCCGUUCAGGAAGAAUUUCUGAAACUACCGAGUGCAAUGUGUGUCUUCCUGGGAGUUUGCCCCUGUGUAACUUUACAGAUUUGUACACUGGAGAGCCCUGGUUCUGCUUCAAACCAAAGAAGCUCCCUUGCAGUAGCAGAAUUAACCAUUUCAAAGGUGGAUACCUGAAGGGCCUCCUAACUGCUGCAGAGAGUGCUUUUUUCCAGAGUGGUAUCAAUAUCAAAAUACCUAUCAACUCCAGUGGACCUGAUUGGGUGACUGUGAUUCCCAGGACAAUAAAAGAAACUAACAACCCAGAACUAUCUCAAGGCUCAGGGACUUUUCCUUCUGGUUAUUAUUACAAAGACCAGUGGAGGCCAAGAAAGUUUAAGAUGCGCCAGUUUAAUGACCCUGACAACAUUACAGAAUGCUUACGAAGAAAAGUGGUGUAUUUAUUUGGUGACUCAACAAUCAGGCAAUGGUUUGAAUACCUUACCACAUUUGUUCCAGAUUUAGUGGAGUUUAACUUGGGUAGUCCCAAGAAUGUUGGACCUUUCCUUGCAGUGGACCAGAAGCACAAUAUCCUGCUCAAAUACCGCUGCCAUGGUCCACCCAUCCGCUUCACGACUGUCUUCAGCAGUGAGCUCCAUUAUGUGGCAAAUGAGCUGAAUGGCAUUGUGGGAGGGAAGAACACUGUGGUUGCUAUAGCCAUAUGGUCUCAUUUCAGUACCUUCCCUUUGCAAGUGUACAUCCGGCGGCUCAGGAACAUCCGUCGAGCAGUUGUCCAACUUCUGGAUCGAAGCCCUAAGACUGUGGUGGUCAUCCGGACAGCCAAUGUCCAAGAGCUGGGGCCCGAGGUGAGCCUUUACAACAGCGACUGGUACAAUUUUCAGCUGGACACUGUCCUUCGGAGGAUGUUCUCAGGAGUUGGAGUAUAUCUUGUUGAUGCCUGGGAAAUGACCCAGGCCCAUUAUCUACCCCACAAGCUACAUCCAGAUGAGGUUAUUGUGAAGAACCAGUUGGACAUGUUCCUGUCCUUUGUGUGCCCCUUGAAGACCUAGCCUGUCCUGGAGAAGACUGGAGAAGUCACAUCUAGUGACCGUCUCUAUCACUUUGUAUCGCAGGAAGUUUGUGGGUAGCUCCAUGGAGAGAUGGCUGCCAUUAACAUGUACAAAAUUGCAAAAAGAGCUGGACUUUAUAUAUAGAAAAUGCAGGUUAUAUUUAUAUCUACCUAUAGGAUUCUUUCCAAUCUUAACUUAGCCAUGGUAGAAUUACUAUUAACAGCAUCUACACUAUAUUGCUCAUGUAACCAAAGAUGCUAAUGAGUGUAUUUGAAUUAGUUUCUCCUGGAAGGAGAGAUUACUAUCCUAAAAAGUGUGAAAAAUGUUCUGACCCGAAAUGGAAGGGACAAGUUUGGUUGGCAGUGAAGUGUUCAUAGCUUAUCUGGUAAAGGAAGUUGAGCACAUCUGCAUGAAUAACACAAGUGGUACAUCUUCAGAGGGGUGAACUAGAGAGGGUGUAUAGUCAGUGGCUUCUGUGAACACACUGAAGACUGUGCCUUGUCUCAGGAGUUCCCCUUGAUGGUUUACCUUUUCUUGACUACUUGAAAAGGCCGGUGUGCUUAGUCAGAAUUUUAUAGUGAGAAUAUUUACUAUUCCUGUUCUUAUCUAGUAUAGAAGGAAAAGAGGUGGGAAAGAAAAAGUAGUAAAUAUAAAAUCUGUGCUUUGAAUUCAUAUUUGCAUUGGGUAAUUGUUUCCUUUUUGAUUCAGCUAAAUUUCACAUGUUGAAUACUUAUUCUAAAAUAACCAGUUUUGGAACUGGAAGAGGGAGAUCUAUAAACGGAAGUUUAUUUGGGUGUUCUCAAGGUUGAAGACUUUGAGAAUUGACUUUUACGUAAAGAAUGCUGUUAUUAUAAAGUUGUAGAAGUUAUUUCCACCAAUGUCAAGUGUUUCUUUUUUGGUUGUUAUCUUGAACUGCAUACUAAAAUUAGAAAUAAAAAUUAGAUAUUGAAAUCUAACAGAUAUUUCUUCAUUUAGGCAUGAGGUACACACACUCUCGUGGUUGGAAGUAAAAUGCGCUGUUCCUACUUGAUACCUAAAAAUAAAUUAUCAUUUUUA